GUCCCCAGCCCAGCGCCCGGGAGCCGGAGCCCUUGUGCUGAUGUGUCGCUGCUUGCUUCUUUGCCUCUCAUCCCCCCUUCCAUGUCCCCCCCAGUGGCCCUCUCACCCUUCACUGUAACACGCCGUAUAGGUCACCCCUACCAGAACCGCACACCCCCCAAGAAGAAGAAGCCACGCACGUCCUUCACCCGCCUGCAGAUCUGCGAGCUGGAGAAGCGCUUCCACCGGCAGAAGUACCUGGCCUCUGCUGAGCGUGCAGCUCUGGCCAAGGCCCUUAAGAUGACGGACGCACAGGUGAAGACCUGGUUCCAGAACCGGCGCACCAAGUGGAGGUGAGGGGCU